GAUUAUUGCGAUGUUGACAGUGCGUGCGUGCGUGCAGUGGGCAGUCUCACACCAGCGUUCGUGUUCCCGCCCAGUUCCUGCGGCGUGCUGGGUAGCGUGAAAGCGAGGCGCCGCCGCUAGUUAGCUGCUGCUCAAAUCACAAUCCUGGCCGACCAGAUCCACACCUGUGUCUCACCCGCCCGUCGCUGCUGCCGCUCCUCGCACACCUCGUCGCCGCGCACAGCGGUCACUGCCAACGUCUCUUCUCUCCCUCCCUCCCCAGGCCACGACAUCCCCACCGCCCUCACCACCACCACCGACCGGCAGCACUGGCCCGAGCCAGUGCGAUUGACAACCCCACGCCGUCGCUCGCUCCUCCCUCGCCGCCCUUGGAACCAUCAACACCCCUUGCGCGUCAUCCGCAACCCACACUCACUUGACCACCGCCCUUCUUACGAUUUUCCGACUUACGGCCUUGUAAUCCUGCACCAGCACUGUUCCUGCUGUCAUCUCGAGCGAAAAAUCAUCCACCACCCAGUGUCAUUUGCGAGCACGCGCCUGGAAAGCCGCGCGACCAUUGUCCGACAGAUUCGAGCCGAAACGAGCCCAUCCACCGUGACGACUUCUCUCAAAGCACCUUGACGGUGAGCCAAUCGGUCUGCGACCGCACAUUGGCUACGAAUAUCUACCCUCAAAGAAGCCUUUCUUUGUCUGCAGAUUAGUCGCGCCACGUGCCUUUGAGACUGACUCAUCGCGCGAGGGUACAGUCGCAAGCACCUGGCCGGGAUACCCACAAGUCCUGUCCUGUCUCUUUGCGACGUCCAAUCUUCGCGCUCGAUUCCAACUACCGACACUCCUUGACCGAGACGACUCCAGGAACGAGAACGGGUGGGAUGUUGUAAACUCCUCCGUCUGCACAGAAGUCGAAUAUUGUUGUUUUGGUGGUCUGAGCAAGCGUUCCCUCUUGUGGCAUUCGUCACGUACACUCGUUUAAGGACCAACUUCAGACGAAGCAUACAUUUGACCUUCUCUUAUCAACUGUUAUCCGAGCAUUCAUCAGCUUGCUCUUGCACAUAUUAAUUUCUUGCAUCAUGAAGGCUGCAAACACUCCAGCAUGGGCUGCCGCGCUCGCGGUCAUGUCCAUGCAAGCAACCUUCGCGAAUGCCGAGCCUGCGCCAGCUGGACUAGAACAAAAUCAAGAACAGUCGCGGCCUCGAUACUACUACCCCAAGCAAGUCAAACGGCAGUGGGGCAAUCUCAGUUCCAUCAUCGGUUCGAACAACCGGCCAGACAAUGAUCAGACUGGGACGACACAAAGUACCACCAACAAUGAAGAGGUCUAUCCGACACGGCCGCAAUUCAACCCGGAAAGGCCUGAAACGUCGGAUUUAUACGCCAGCUUGUUGGCAGCAUUGUCGGGAUCGACAUCCAGUUCCAGCACAUCUAGCUCCUCCAGCUCGACCAGUUCCAGUAUCAAUGCGCCUCCCAGGAAUCAGACCUCGACAUCGACAACCUCUUCUGGCAACAUUGUCCCGCUUACGACUUCGACGAGCACAUCAAGCAGCUCUUCUUCAGGCCAAGAUAGGUACGAUUCAGACGACGAGACGAGCAGUUCUUCCUCCAGCACUUCAAAUGCUCCCAGCGGCCAGUCCGCUCCCUCGGACGACUCGUCAAGUUCGACCUCUACAACGUCCUCAUCGUCAGACGGUGGACUUCUCGGAGGGCUUUUGGAUCCUCUUCUUGACCCCUCGACAUCGACGUCUUCCUCGUUCAACCCACCACGACCGACAGGAGCAGGCGUCCCGGAGAAUGAGCCGUCGCCUACUGGGCCAUCUUACACCGGGCCCUUGACACCAGCAGACAAUGGCACCACCUCUGCCACCAACUCGACCUCAUCCGUCCCGAUCAUCUAUGUGGGCCUUUCGACGACUUUCACGAGCACUGUACCUUCAGCGACGCCUUCUUCUGAGGACAGUCCGCCACUUCUCAGUCUGGGUCUUGGUGGUAUUCUUGGACCGGACACUGCGGCUUCUGCCUCAGCUCCGAGCGCUUCUAGCACAUCGACUACAAGUGCAGACGAGCGUCCUGGUCUCCUCGAUGGCAUCCUGCCACCUGACAAUGCUCCAGGCACAGCCCCCACGGCAACCAGCACAUCGACUGCAUCUGCGGAAGAGCGUCCCGGUCUGCUCGAUGGUAUCCUCCCACCUGACAAUGCUCCUGGCACGGCUCCCACUGCGACUAGCACCUCGACCACUGAGCCUGGUCUGCUCGACGGCAUCCUCCCGCCGGACAAUGCUCCUGGCACAGCUCCCACCAGCACAUCGACUGCAACCACGAAUGAUACCGGUCUCCUUGACGGUCUGCUCCCGCCGGCCGAGCCACAGACUACCGCACCGCCAACGAUCACUAAUGCCCCCAACGGCACUUCGGCGGGCAACAACACUGGCAUUCUCGGCUUGCCACCCGUCACAGCUUCGCCUGCGUUGGAAUCACUUGCCUCGUCAUUGUACUCGGAUCUCAGCAGCGUGAUCGCCACUAACCCACUGGCAUCAAACUCUCUGGCCUCGGAAUUCUCCAGCAUAUUGUCAGAGGCAGCCUCUUCGCUCGCAAUUGCCACUUCGCUGCCAGCGAACGUGACUGCCACUGGCACAGCGACCGACUCUUUGCCGUCGACUACGCUGACUGGGUCUGAUGGCCUCACAGUGGUACCCCUUCCACUUCCUACUGGCUCCGACACUGCAACUGCGACGAGCAAUUUGACCAGCGUCAGUGUUUCAAUUCCCCUGACCACUGGCGUGUCGUACACUGUUCCGAUCAGUAGCCCAACCGUGAACAUCACCUCCAUUCCCGCCAUUCCGACGACAAACCUUACUACAGAGCCUACAAGCGCGCCGCUCGCGUCGACGAACUCAACGACAUCAUCUACUAGUGAGCCAGUUGUGGUCAUUCCCUCUCCGACUAGCUCUGAGGUGCCGAGCACCACACCAAGCGCUACUGUCGAGGAGACCACAUCGGCACCACCAGAGUCUAUUCUACCAACAGCCACAAACACCGCGACGAGCAUGAGCAUCCCGACUUCCCUUGUCUUCGCUCCGACGACCACCGAGUCCUCGUCCACAACCGGUACUAUCGUUUCAGCGGACAGCACGACCUCAUCUGCCGCAAGUGGUCUUCCCACCGCUCUGCCUCGCCUUGUACAGCCACCCGGAGGCAUGCCGCAACCUCCAAGCAACUCCACCCUCAUCCAGGUCGGCUUUGGCUAUCCGCUCAACUACAAUUUCGUCGUACAUACCGAGAACUCUGCUAACCAGAUCUUCACCUAUCUUCCGCAAGGUCUGGCAUAUGCUCUCAACAUUGAUGCCAAACAGGUCGCCAUGAACGGACUUAUGCCAUAUGAUACGACCAAGUCGCUCAACUACAUCACGACUUUGGCCCAGGCAUAUAUUCCUGGAGAUUUGGUCAACACAUUGCAGAUGGACCUUCAUACUCAAGUAUCUCGAGCAUACGACAAUCCGAACGAGGCUGUCCGCAUGCUUAUGACUAUGAUCAACCCCACAAUCCCAAUCCUGCCAGGUGCGAACAUGGACACUCCUGGUCAAGGGGGUCCAAAAUCGUACGGUCCAGGAAGCGAUUCCGAUGGCGAGGAUGAUUCGACCAACGAUGGAACACCCAUUGGCGGUGACUCCGGCUCUUCACAGAAGAUCAAGGGUACAUCUGUCGGUAUUGGUGUUGGCGCAGUCGCCGGUGCAGCUGUGUACGCUGCCGCCAUGGUCUACGUCGCUCGUCGCUACCGCAACAAGAGGAAGUCCCACAAGCGUGCAAGCUCGGUUGGCACGCAUGGCGAGAUGACUGAGAGAUCUCCUGGCACCCCCGGCACACUUACUGGCGGUAUGGGCGGCUACUUCAUGUCAGGUGCCAAUGGUCGCGGAUCAGGCACGACAAGAGGUAGCGGAAUCAGGGGAAGCGGUAGCGGAGGCAGAGGAAGCAGAAACAGCGCGGGCAGCAGCAACAACCGCAGCGUACGGGACCAAGGUAUCAGUGCUCCUGUCAUGGCCGAGAACAGUCUGGGCUGGAACUAGGUCGUGCGAUACUCACUUGGCUACCCGUACGCUUUUUCCUCAUUUUUCUUCAUUUCGGACGAUCGAGCGCGCGAAAUAGAGCGAACGAACGGCACAUGCAGCAGUGGCAACAGAGUCUCUCUCGCUCUCAGAGCUCCACCAAGAUGUGUGUAUACAGCAGAGGAGGAUUUUUCUCAUCAUCAGUCAACAGGAAAGCAAGGAACGUAUGCAAGAGAAGCAAGCAGAAAGAGAAUGAUGGAAACACUUUUUUGUUUUUGUUUUAUACCAGGCAUGUUGUGUGCCAAUACCGUACCAGGCUUUUUCCUUUUUUCCCUCUACUGACCCAUCCUCUUCUUCAUGUCAUUGAGAGAGAUGGGAAAUUUAACGUGUUUACGCUCUUAGUCCCGCC